GUUCAGCCCUCACUACGCCAACAGCUGGACCCUACGUAGUACCCCGUGGUCUGACGGCUGAAAUAGACGCCCCGCGUGGCCGCCAUUCAUUGGCUUGGUGUGAGUUGGCCGCGAAGGGAGCAACCUUGUUAGCAACUGGACUCAAAGGGCCCUACUUUUGUCUUUGGAUAUUUUCCUUACUAUACCCCGUAAUAUCAAACAAGAAUUCAAAUUCCCGGGAUGGAGACAGCAUUUUCUUGAUAGGGCAAUGACGGAAGCAAGAGUUGAUCCGAGAGCGACCUGGAUAAGGGCUGCAACCCUUAUCUACCACCAACCCUGAUGUCAUCUACUCAACCUCUGAAAGAACAGUCUACAGAUGAUCCUUUUAACACAAUGAUCUGAUUUUUGCUUUCUAAGUCAUUUCUCCUGUAUAUAAAGCAUUUACAGCAACAUGAUGAGCUGAGAAUUUAACCGAGAGGGUGCAGACCGUCAUGCUAGCGUCAUGGCACAUCGACUGCGCUGGGCAUCAUCAUAUUCACGUCAUGGAACUGGAUAACGAAAAGCGAAGUCACUGGCCGAAGACAAGAUCAGCAUCAUACAAUUCAUAGAUAUAUACGGGCAUGUCAUUUCGUUCUCUUGCCAACAUCAUUCCGCGUCAAGGUCCCCAGCUAUACUCCAGAAACCUAUCCACACGAACAAUCCUCACCAUGAAGAUCGCAAUUACCGGUGCUCGCGGCACUGUCGGACGGGCCGUAGUGAAGGCUGCAUCGGAAGCUGGUCAUGCAACGGUCCAGGUCGACCGUACUGACACCGAAUAUGACGGGACACCGAAUUCAGAGAUGAAAACCGCGGACACUGCGAAUGACUACAAGGCCACGCUCGAGGCCUUCCGCGGCUGCGACGCCGUCAUCCAUCUAGCUGCCAUUCCGAACCCUCUAGACAAAGGCGAUGAUCUGGUACACAAUAACAAUGUGAACUCGGCAUUCAACGGGUUUCGAGCUGCCGCAGAGCUCGGCAUCAAGAAGUUCUGCUAUGCUUCGUCGGUGAAUGCUAUCGGCCUCGAAUAUGCCAGCCGACCGUUGAAGUUCGACUACUUCCCCAUCGACGAAGAAGCGCCGGAACGGCCGACAGACGCAUAUGCCCUGGCGAAAGACGAGGCAGAGAUGCAGGGGAAGGCCUUCGCGCGGUGGUAUCCCGGAAUGAACAUCGCGUGUAUGCGCAUCCAUGCGGUCGCAUCGCGCUCAGAGACGCAAAAAGGACACGCGGAGAAUUGGGAUAGCUCCGCAGUGAAGAGUUUGUGGGGGUGGGUUAGUGCUCAGGCGACGGCGAGAGCAUGCUUGUUGGCAGUAGAAAAGGGCGAGGGAUUGAACGGAUGCGAGGUUUUUAAUAUUGUGGCCCCUACAACGACUCAGGAUACGCCAUCCCAGGAGCUUGCGAAGAAGUAUUAUCCAGAUGCGGAGAUUCGUGGUGACCUGUCGAGUAAUCAGUCGUUCUUCACAACAGAGAAGGCAAAGAGAAUUCUGGGAUGGGUCCAUGAGGAGAAAGAGUAAUUAUGUCACGCCGCAAACUGUCAUCCAGAACCACAUUCUAAGUUCAUACAUAAUUAAACAGGAAGCCUGGAUCAAGAUCUUCCGUACUAUGAUAGUCCACUGCCGUAUGCAGCAUGUACACG